ACAGGCACUUCGCGUGCAUAUAUAAUGGGGUCUUUCUUGGACAAAAGUCAAGAAGCUCUUCUUGCACAGCCUUCUCAUAGUCCCUCACUGCAAGUCACUUCUACGCAGAGAUUUUCAUCCCUCGCUACGAAUAGGCCUCAAAAGGCAUUCCACAUAUAUACCAAAACGACAGCACGCUACCGCUCCUCCUCUCCAUUGUAUGCCAACAUGACGACAGGCUUGGAAGGACCAGCUAUUUCUCUCGCGACCGGAACCGGGCUGAUAAUAUGGAAUAAAAAGAAACAGUACCUCGGCGACGUCCAGACAUCCGAACAUGUUCUCAAGAAGCACCUUGAUCGUAACCAAGAGAUGCAAAAACACAUCGACCAAUUCCCUUCCGAAUACAGCAGCUCGUCCAAGGUCGCAAUAGAGGCAUUUUUAGAAGAGCAAAGACAAAUACAAGAAACUGGGAAGACAGACUUGGCGAAAGUCAAGAAGCGCAAAAGUUGGCGCUACGCAUUGGUCUCUGGCACGAGAGAAGCAAGGGCGCGGUCGAUUGCUGAACUGCGGAAUGGAAUCGAGGGUAUGGACAGGAAGGACGCGGACCACAAAAAACGAUCGGAUUCGAGAGAAAGUCGAGAGAGGAGAAGGGAACGUAAGGCUCCUUCACAAUCAAACGACGAUGCUUCUCGCAAGACCGUUGGCGGAAGUAACAAUUCGAUGACACAAAAUCCUUUUGGUCCCAGAUCAACAACGGAGAAUGUUGAUCCACCGGCUCGCACUAAGGAGCAACAUAUCACGUCCAAGAGUCACUUGACAACGAAGAAUGUUCAUCCAUCAGAAGAUCGCACUGUCAAGCAAGAUACCAAACGAAGCCGAAGUAUCAAAAAGAACAGGAGCAUCAAACGACGUAAGAGUAUUGAUUCUGCCGACCACGACAGAGUACCCCUUCACCAAUCUCCGUUAGUGACUAGCGAGACUUCCACUGCGAGUGUACCAGCACCGGUUCUCCCACCAGCAUCACCACAACUCGCAGCCGCUGCCCUACCACAGCCUGUGCCGAUCCCUGUGGCGGCAAUACAAGCCCAGGUACUGCAACUGGCACCACAACAUGUGCCGAACAAGCGCAGGAAUUGGGAUCCUGUGUACCGCCGUGUUCCCAGAGCGGGGCGAUGAAUGCUACUGGAAACGACAAUAUACUUGAAAGUAACAGAGGGUUGCGAAGACUUUCCCCAGCUGGAUUGAUGGAAUGGUACUGGCAUUGUCUCUGUUGCUGUCAUUUGGGGCGGCCUUAUCUUCAUUGGCG